CGUAUCCAAGCAAAAUGUACACGUUGGUGCCAGAAAAAGCCCUGGACAACUUAGUCUGUUUUGAGUGUUUUAAAUACGUGUCGGUGAAGCCUGUUAAACUUUACAUCAACAAGGCCAUGAGAUGCGGAAGGUGCGUCAAAGAAACCGAUGGCGGGGUGGAAUCAAAAGUGAAUUUGUUGUACGGAAACAUGCUAUUCAAGUGCCAUAAUCGCUAUGAGGGCUGCACCAAGCUCCUGUUGCCCUCUCAAGUGCAGGAUCACGAGAAAAUCUGCAGGAGCGAAGCUUACUUUUGCCCGCUUUGCCCCAACUCAAAGAUGCCGCCCUUUUUUAUGCUGGAACACUUCAAACACCAGCAUCGCAGGAGUUUUCUGGAAAAACCUUCAGCUUCUGUUGACAUUGGCAGAGAAACCAACAACUAUUAUUUGUACAGACACUAAGGUCUCAUAUUUCUAUGGAAUAUCAUAGUGGAUACGUUGAAAAAUGAGUUGAUCCUCGACAACAAGCUGAUUGGACCGAAAAAACUUGCUGAGAACAUCAAACAACAUUUUACUAUUUUGAGUAACAACUCGAUUAAAAGUGGUGAAGUACAUUCAUGCCACAAUGAGGCUAACAUGAAUCAGCGUUUUCAAAUUCAAUUAUUUUCAAAUGCUGUUUUGUGCCAAGUGAUUUUUGACAUAAAUAUAGCGACUCUGGAAAGAUUUUCUUUAAGUAAAAGCGUGAAAACUAAUAGUUUAUUUGAAGGUUUUAAUAGCAGGAAAUUACAUUUAAAUGAAAAUUUUAAAAAACAAAAUCCAGAAUUUAAACUGUCAACUUGUGAAAAAUACAUUAUUAGCGACAAAUAUGAAAUUUCUUGUCUAUGUUGUUUAUGUGGAUUCUUUAGUAGCAAUGUCACUGUUUAUUAUCAACCAAAAUCUUUUAAAACCAUUGUUCGUUGUGUUGAUUGUGACAUGAUUGGCAAAAAAAUAUUGAAAUUUGGUCCAAAAAUUAAAUAUUUUAAAAUUAGUUUGCAGAAGUUAAUGUUUUAUUGCAAAUGGAACUGCAACAACUACUUUGGUUAUAUUGGUUAUAUUUUUAAACAUGAAAUGGUCUGUAAAAAUAGAGAGCCAAUUCCAAAUUGCCCAGAAGAAAAUUGUCAAGUAAAAUUAAUCAAAAACUGUACAAAAUUACAAAAGCACUUCAAUACGCAUAAAAGUCAAAUUCACUUUUAUCCAUGUGAUUGUGAAAUACCAUUCCACACAACAUUUAUGUACCACUAUUUUCUAAAUGAUCAUGUAACUAUGUUAUUCUCAACUUUUAAAAAUAAUACUUUAAAUACUAUAAAAAUUAAGUUGGAAAAAAUUAUCAAAAACGAUAUUUCAGAAGAUUUUUUGGUUUUCCUUGAAAAUGAAGAAAUAAAAAUUAAUGAUAUUUUGGAGUUCAAAAAAAGCGCAUUUGUCUGUAUAGUACCUAAUGUUAACUUUAAUAAAAUUUUGAAGCCAUA